AUGAAAUCAAUCGUGACACUCGCGGCCCUGUCGGGCCUCAUGGCAGCCACAUCGGCGCUCCCUGCCGAUCAUAACAGCCGCACGUGGGAAAAGCUGCGCAACAAUCCCACUGAUACGGCAGAAUUCCCCGUACAGAUCAAGCACGUUGUCUACCUCACCCUUGAAAAUCACUCCUUCGAUAACAUUGCCGGUUACUGGGACUUCAACCCCCACAUUGACAACCUGCGCAAGAUCGACUAUUGUAACCAGUACACCAACCCCAACUGGACUGUAUGGGGAGAGCCGCUCGAGAUCUGCGCUGGUCCCUUUGAGACCGAGGUUCCUCUGGUCGAUCCGGAUCACGACUUUGCCGGAGUGACUUAUCAGAUCUUCCGCAAGUGGAACAUCACCAAUGAUGAUGCUCCCAAUAUGGCUGGCUUCGUCGAACGGCAGUCGGAGAAGUACAAGUCGACGCCGGGGGAUGCUGCCUUUGUGAUCAAGGCGUAUGAUCAGAAGAAGACGGCCGUGCUGGCCCAGUUGGCGCAGAACUUUGCCUUUUUCGACGCUUAUUUCGCGGAGCAUCCAGGCCCAACGAACCCAAACCGACAAUUUGCCACCUCUGGGUCAACUUGCGGCUUUGUUGACAAUACUGACCAGUCUGCUGGAUUCUGGAACAAUGUCACGGGCACCACUUGCGCCACUUCCAUCUUCGAGUCGUUGAGCAAGAAGAAUGUCUCCUGGAAAAAUUACUACGAGACAGACAUUGUCGAUGCCUUCAUGUACAAGUGGGUUCAAGACAACGCAAUGGAUCAUCUGGCCCAUGCCGAUGAGUUCUACCGUGACUUGGAACAGGGCACACUGCCAACAUUCUCCUACAUCAACCCUGAAUGCUGCACGGUUGACUCGAUGCACCCGACUAGCUCCAUGGCUCCCGGUGAACAGAUGGUGAAGCACCUGUACGAUGCGAUUCGCCGGUCCAAGUACUGGGAUAAUGUUCUUCUCAUCAUCAACUUCGAUGAGCACGGUGGCUUCGCCGACCACGUGCCCACUCCAAUCAACGUACCGCAACCCGACGACAAGAUAAGCUUCACCGGCAAAUCCGAGGGCCGUGCCGUGACAUACGAUUUUACUCGACUGGGAGUCCGAGUCCCCGCCUUCCUCAUCUCCCCCUUCAUCUCCGCCAACACAUUGAUUCACCACGACGGUACCUCCUACGCCGACGACAGCGCCUACACCCACAGCUCGAUUCUGCACUUCCUCCAAGAGCUUUGGGGUCUCGAAGGUCUGAACAACCGUGUACAGUGGGCCAAGACUUUCGAGCAUGUGUUCAAGGAUCAUAAGCGGGAUGAUGCACCUGAGAAGUUGUUGACUCCUAGCUGGGAGGGAGGCAGCAACCAGCCCGAGCCCAAGCCCUUUUACAAGUUGAACCAGGACUACAGCUACUAUGCUAGUCUGGAUUGA